AUGGUCGAAACGACGCCUCAGAACCAGUACGGUAGUGGCGACGUGGAACUUCGUUAUUUAGUCAGCUCAUUGGUUGAACAUUGCGUUCGUGUGCGAACGCCGCCAAGCAUCACAAACAGCAAUAACGAAAAUGACAUAGGAAGCGACUUGACGUGUCGUGCUGCUGAAGGCAUGUUUCACUGCAUCGUCACCGUCCAGGUGCAGCUGUUCAAAGAACUGUGCGUUCGACGGUCCCGCCAGCGAUUUCGCUCACUUAGACCUUCAAAGUCGAACGCGGCGUUUCCGCCUUAUCUUCCAAUUCAGCGCACGAUUGUCGUCUUCCGCCUCCGUCUUGAGGUCGAGUGCCCGUUUCUAUCAAGUCGAUGCAAGUCAGUUCCCAGCAACGGCUUUCAUCCGACCUAA